GGUUUUAAUGAAAUGUACACAUUAUCCCUAUUUUAUCCACACAUUAUCCUUAUUUUAUCCUCACAUUUCCUUUUAUUUACAGAGAAACCACUGUAUAAGGUUCCAUUUAUAACAUCAACCACCAUUCCCAUUUCGUUGUCAAGCAACCCAGAAUCAUUCCCUAUGUUUCUUCCCCAUCUUUCUUCCCUGUUUUCUUGUCUGUCUUCUUCCUCAUCCAAUCUGAGAAGCAAACCGAAAAUCCCUAAUUCUCAUUUCCCAUCUUGUUCGGUUUUUCCCCAUCUUCUUUAGUUCCUUUUCUUCAUCAGUUCUUCCCCAUCUUAUUUGGUUCUUCCCCUUCUUCUUUCUCAACCAACCUGAAAAGCAACCCAAAAUCCCUAAUUUUCCUCUUCAGUUUCCCAAUCAACUGCUAUGAAGAAGAGUGUUCACUUAUUGCCACUAAAGACCAGCACAAGGAGCUUGAAGAUUUGGAUCUUGGGCAAUUCGGUCUACUUGUUCCAAAUCUAUAAAGCUACAUUUUCAACUGGACUUAGAUAAGCGUCCGGAAGGCUCCCGAAAACCCACCAUUUUUCUACGCCUUCCUUUUCCAGCCAUCCUUUGCAGCUUUUUUCCUUCUUCCUCCAACCAAGAUUGAGGUGCAAGGAGCACUCUUCACUUGGAAUCCUUUUCAAUUUCUACUGUCCUCUUCAAUAAGGCACUUGAUUUUUAAGUAAGUGUAAGUUUAGCUAUAGAUUUGGGUUAGAGUUUUGGGGGAAAAAUUAUGGAAUUGGUUAUAUCAUACACAAAAAUUAGUUUAAGUGGUGGGAUAUGACUAUAAAUCUUUUGUUUAAAAAAUUUUUUAGUAUUAGAAUUUUUGUUUAGUAAAAUUUGGAAUUUUGGGCAUUGGUGGAGUGUAGAGCCGGAAGUGGAUUUUGGUUGAUGUUGGAAUUCUUUGUGAAUUUUUAUUAGCUAAUUACUUGCUGGAACUAUUCACGUAUUACUGUUCACAUGUUAUUGUUCACGUAUCACUGUUCAUGUGUUAUUGUUCACAUAUCACUGUUCACGCGUUAUUGUUCACGUACACUAUUCACGCAUUACUGUUCACACACUAUACUUUAAUAUCUUAAUAAGAAGUUUUAUGGAAUAUGUGAAAUAUGUAUGUGGUUAUUAGUAUGCACUUGAAUUGUCAGUAUCACUGAUUAAUGGAAACAUUAAAUGGGAUAAAGUUCUAAUAUUAUUUUGGACAUAUUCUGAAAUUGUUUAACAUGCAUAUGUGUUUGUGGCUAUGGAGUAAGUAGACCUAAACUUAAAGCUUAGGGUAUUCAGUGGACCCUCCGAGAUAUUCAGUGGAUCCUUUGGGGUAUUUAAUGGAUCUCUAUGCAGUAGGGUUAGUACUGUAAUUAGCUCUGGUACAAUAUUACUAGCACACAUAAGUAAACUCUAUAGUAAUGUGUGAUUUUCAAUUUUAUACAUUGUGUUUGUGACAUCGUGUUUGUGAGUAUAUGAUUUUAUUAUAUGAAUUUAAUUUAAAGGUUAUUGAUUAUUCCUUGACAUGUGUGGUUAUGAUUUAAGAUAUUAAGUUAUUAUUUAAAUACUGGGAAUUAUAAUAUUAUGUGAUUUGGUUCCGUUGUAUCUCAUGCUCUUUGUAUGUAUAGGUCUAAGGGUCUUAGGACCCAAGUUUAUAACUUAAACUUAAUACUUACUGGGCUUUUAGCUUAUAAAAUUCCCCCCAUUUUAGAUCCGUAGAUUAGAGUAGUAGUCACUAGCUAGGGAGUUUCGAUAGAGGUCUCGUAUGCUCAUUGUACGUAAAAGAUAGGACCUUGUGCUUUUAAUAUGGAGGUGGAUCAAUGUGUUACCAAAACGACGAUUCGGCAUUUGAUAUUUUGAAAAGCUUUUGAGAAGGGUUCACCCUCAUGAUUGUGUAAAUUACUUUUAUGUAUAUAAUAUUUAAACUAAUUAAAUGAACUUAGCCCA